GGCUGUGCAGGCUUGAAUGGUUCUCUGUGUCCUGCUCUGAGAUCUGCUGUUGGGUGCAUUGAGGGGACCUCAGGAAGCUCUGAGAUUUAGACAUGGAUGCAGUGACUUUUGACGAUGUGCAUGUGAACUUCACUAAAGAAGAAUGGAAUUUGCUGGAUCCUUCCCAGAUGAAUCUCUACAAAGAUGUUAUGUUGGAGACCUACUGGAACCUUACUUCUAUAGGUUACAAAUGGGAAGACCAUCACAUUGAAGAACCAUGUCAAAGUUCUCGAAGACAUACAAGAAGUCAUAGUUGGAAGAAACUCUAUGAAUGUAAUCAAUGUGGUAAAGCCUUUUCCUCUCACAGUAGUCUCAGAUAUCAUAAAAGAACCCAUACUGGAGAGAAACCUUAUGAAUGUAAUCAUUGUGGUAAAGCCUUUGCAACACCCAGUCAUCUCCAAAGACAUAAAAGAACCCAUACUGGAGAGAAACCUUAUGAAUGUAAUCAAUGUGGUAAAGCCUUUGUAAGACCCUCUGAUCUCCAAUGUCAUAAAAGAAGCCAUACUGGAGAGAAACCUUAUGAAUGUAAUCAAUGUGGGAAAGCCUUUUCCUGUCACAGUAGUCUCAUAUAUCAUAAAAGAACACAUACUGGAGAGAAACCUUAUGAAUGUAAUCAAUGUGGUAAAGCCUUUUCCUCUCACAGUAGUCUCAGAUAUCAUAAAAGAACACAUACUGGAGAGAAACCUUAUGAAUGUAAUCAAUGUGGUAAAGCCUUUUCCUCUCACAGUAGUCUCAGAUAUCAUAAAAGAACCCAUACUGGAGAGAAACCUUAUGAAUGUAAUCAUCGUGGUAAAGCCUUUGCAACACCCAGUCAUCUCCAAAGACAUAAAAGAACCCAUACUGGAGAGAAACCUUAUGAAUGUAAUCAAUGUGGUAAAGCCUUUGUAAGACCCGCUGAUCUCCAAUGUCAUAAAAGAAGCCAUACUGGAGAGAAACCUUAUGAAUGUAAUCAAUGUGGUAAAGCCUUUUCCUCUCACAGUAGUCUCAGAUAUCAUAAAAGAACACAUACUGGAGAGAAACUUUAUGAAUGUAAUCAAUGUGGUAAAGCCUUUUCCUCUCACAGUAGUCUCAGAUAUCAUAAAAGAACCCAUACUGGAGAGAAACCUUAUGAAUGUAAUCAUUGUGGUAAAGCCUUUGCAACACCCAGUCAUCUCCAAAGACAUAAAAGAACCCAUACUGGAGAGAAACUUUAUGAAUGUAAUCAUUGUGGUAAAGCCUUUGUAAGACCCGCUGAUCUCCAAUGUCAUAAAAGAAGCCAUACUGGAGAGAAACCUUAUGAAUGUAAUCAAUGUGGUAAAGCCUUUGUAGCAACUACUACUCUCCGAAGACAUAAAAGAACCCAUACUGGAGAGAAACCUUAUGAAUGUAAUCAAUGUGGUAAAGCCUUUUCCUGUCACAGUAGUCUCAUAUAUCAUAAAAGAACACAUACUGGAGAGAAACCUUAUGAAUGUAAUCAAUGUGGUAAAGCCUUUUCCUGUCACAGUAGUCUCAGAUAUCAUGAAAGAACCCAUACUGGAGAGAAACCUUAUGAAUGUAAUCAUUGUGGUAAAGCCUUUGCAAGACCUACUACUCUUGAAUUUCAUAAAAGAAGCCAUACUGGAGAGAAACCUUAUGAAUGUAAUCAUUGUGGGAAAGCCUUUUCCCGUCAAAAUAGUCUCAGAUAUCAUAAAAGAACCCAUACUGGAGAGAAACCUUAUGAAUGUAAUCAAUGUGGUAAAGCCUUUUCCUGUCACAGUGGUCUCAUAUAUCAUAAAAGAACCCAUACUGGAGAGAAACCUUAUGAAUGUAAUCAAUGUGGUAAAGCCUUUGCUACAUCCAGUCAUCUCCAAUAUCAUAAAAGAACCCAUACUGGAGAAAACCUCAUGAACAUAAUC